CAUAGAAACAAUUUUUUUAAGAUGAACAAAUAUGUGCAUUUCCUACAGGUGGAUCCAGUAAUGGGAACCCACCAGAGAGAAGUCCCCAUCCUCUGUAUUCGCCAGAUUCCACACAGGAAGAUCAGGAGAUCCCUCACCAUGAUCAGGGGAAAGAAGUGAUUGAUAUAAAAAUUGAAGUGAAAGACGAAAAUGAGACAUAUGCGAGGGGCGAGCAGCCAUCUAUGAAGGAAGCUGAAAUGAUGGUGACAAUUACUAAGGAGGAAUGUUGUCUAGAUAAUAGUACGGGUGCAUACGAUGGCUGGAAUACCUUAGAGGGACGUCUUAUAUCAUCACCAGACUAUAAUGAAGAAGAAAAUACUAUGGUACAACGUUCUCAAGCACCUGACCAGAACCCAAGAAAUCAUAAAGCUGAGUUUCUGUUUCCAUGCUCUGUAUGUGGGAAAGUUUUCAAUAAAAAAUACCAACUCCAUGUCCAUCAGAGGGACCAUGCCGGUAAAAAAAUCUAUUCUUGCCCAGACUGCAAAAAACGAUACAUAAAAAACUGUGACCUGGUUGCACACCAGAGAAUUCACACUGGUGAAAAGCCCUUCUCGUGUUCCGAGUGUGGAAAGUCUUUCACCCAGAAAUCCCAACUCACCGCCCAUCAGAGAGUUCACUUAGAGCACAAGCCCUUUUCGUGUUAUGAGUGCAAGAGGACCUUCAUAAAAAAACAAGAACUUGUCCGACACGAGAGAACACACACCGGAGAAAAGCCCUUCUCAUGUACUGAGUGCGGAAAGUCAUUCAGCCUCAAGUCACAACUCAAAACACACCAUAGGGUCCACACCGGCGAGAAGCCCUUUGCCUGUUCCGAGUGCGGCAGGUGCUUCUCCAGUAAAGCAAAUCGUGAUAAGCAUUUAAGAGUUCACACCGGCGAAAAGCCUUUUUCCUGCCCAGAUUGCUGGAAAUGUUUUGCCCAAAAAGCGACACUAAUUUUCCACCAGAGAACGCACACCCCCCGAGUUCGCAGUAAAACCUUGGUGUUUCAUAGCGUGAAUGGUCAUGUAGAACAAUUGUGUGAUCAAAAUUAGGCAGUUUGAAAGGUUGGCCCACCCAAAUAAUUUAAACUCUAAGGCCCCAUACACACGAUAGAAUUUAUCCGCGAAUACGGUCCAGCGGACCGUUUCCGCGGAUAAAUCCU